UCCACUUUGCCCGUCAAAAGAGAUGGCAAACAACUCGUAUAUAAAACCCUAUGCAGUUUCACCGUCCGUCGCUCCAAACAGGAGGAGAGACACAUGCACCAGGAAUCAAUUAGCGCUCAGCGUCAGCCAUGGCCGGCCUGCCUCGCCUCGUCGUGCUCCUGCUCCUCGCCAUCGCCGUCCCUGUCGCCCAGCCCACUCCCUACAGCGACAACCUCCAGGACGCGUGCAACAAGACGCUGUUCCCUAAAGUGUGCAUCCAGUCGCUGACGACCAACCCGGAGAGCCGGACAGCGGACGCGCGCCGGCUGGCCGAGCUGUCCGUGUACGUGGCCAAGGAGGUGGGCACCACGGUGGCAGCGUUCGCUCACCACGAGCUCACCGGCGUCAAGGAGGACACCUUGUUCAAGUGCCUCGACGGCUGCUCCGACGACAUUGAGGAGACGGUGGCGCACCUGAGCGCCCUCACCCGCGAGCCCACCUGCGCCAAGUUCCUCGAGAUCAAGUCGUGGCUGUCCGCGACGCUGGGCGGCUCCAACACCUGUGAGGAGACCUGCAAGGACGCGCCCAUCAGCGACGUCAAGAACGCCGUCGUAACCAAGAGCCUCGAGUUCGAGAAGCUGCUCCGCGUCACGCUCGACCUCAUCACCGAGGCGUCUGGCUCCAUGCCCGCCGCCGGCGGCGCGGUGGCACCCACGGCGUGGGAAGGCAGCACUUCAGGAUCCUACGGCGCCAGCGCGCCGGACUCCUACGGUGCCAGCGCGUCGGGCUCCUACGGCUCCAGCGCGUCGGGCUCGUACAGCUCCAGCGCACCUGAGUCGUCCGACAGUGCCAGCGCGUUGGGCUCCUCUGGCUCCAGCGCGUCGGGCUCCUACGGCUCCAGCGCAUCGGGCUCCGAAGCACCAUCCGCCGAUGCAUCGGCACCCUCGAACGCACAAACCUCCGACUCACCGUCAGCUGACGCGCCGGCCUCCUCCUACGGCGCCGCCAGCGGGCCAGCUGCCGAUGCACCGUCGUCAUCCCCAUCGGACGCGGACGCUCCAUCUUCCGGGGCUGCCGACUCGCCAUCAUCAGGGGCAUCAUACGGGUCUGCCGGCGCACCGUCCCCGUCCGGGUCAGGCGCCAGCGCUCCUGAGGCCGAUUCGACAGCAUGAGAAACGCGCGCCCUGCUGAUGCUUUGGUACCUAGGGUGAACUUUUUGGCUCUAGAUUCUACCCGUCGUCUUGCGCUGCUGUGUGCAAGAAGAUGCUCAUACUGAUGCACUUAUGGUCUUUUAGUCCGUGGUUGGUCGAGAAACCAAGUAG